UUACGAAACGCGGCCGGGCCGGGCCGGCGGAGCGGCGGCGGCAGCCAAUGGCGGCCCCGGCGCCGCCGCCCGGUUAUGUAAAGGGGGGGGGGAGGCGGGCGCCGGCCCCCGGCCCGGCAGGGCAGCGGCGGCGGCAGCAGCAGCAGCAGCAGCCCCGCGCAGCCCCGCGCAGCCCCGCGGGCGAUGCGCCGCCGCUCCCCGGCGCCGGGCCGCCCCCGCCGGGGCCGCAGCCCCUCGCCGCCGCCCGCCCUUGGCGCCGCGGCGGGCGCGGACCUGCUGCGCUGCCCCUGCUGCCGCCUGCUCCUCCGGGCGCCGGUGACCGUGUCGUGCGGACACUCCUUCUGCGAGCCCUGCCUGGGCGCGGCCCUGCCCGCCCGCUGCCCGCUCUGCCGGCAGCGCCUGCGGCUGCUGGGCGUCGGGGCGGCGCGGCGCAACGUGCUGCUCUGCGCCCUCCUGGCCAAGUGCGCGCCCGGCGAGCGGCGGCCCGCGGCCCGCCACGGCGUCGAGCUGGCCCCAGGUGACACUUCCCUGCGGCUGUGCCGGGCAGAGGCGUACGUGGCACUGGGGCAGUAUCCAGAGGCGCUGGAGGACUUGGACGCAGUGUGCAGGGCUGAGCCUGGAGAUGGCGAGAUCCUCACGCAGGACAACUCUCCUCAGCCAAGCGUGGCUGCAGAGCUUCCAGCUACCUGCCAGGGCUCAUCCAACCCCCAAGCAGGGGAAGAAGGAUCAAGUGCUGGGCUCACACUUUCUCUGGCACAAGAGUGUGCUCAGGAUCAGGAGGGAGCAAAGGAGAAUGGCAAAGGGGACAUGGAGCCUGAGGAUGGCAAGGUGACACUCACCUUUUCCCUGCCAGGAAGACAGCGAGACUCAGACGCUUCGUCAGAGAGCCAGGAAAAACAGUUGUCAGAGAGCGAAGAGGAAGCAGCAGAAGGAGACCAGCUGUACCUGGGGGACCUGCUGAGCAUAUCUGACCUGGAGUGUUCUCUCUGCAUACGGAUGUUAUUUGAGCCAGUGACAACACCAUGUGGGCAUACCUUCUGCAAGGAGUGCCUCGAACGCUGCCUGGACCACAGGCCCAACUGCCCCCUCUGCAAACAGAGCCUAAGAGAGUUCCUGAAGGCUGGAAGUUACAACCCCACUGUCUUGCUGCAGGAGAUCAUGCUGGCCACCUUCCCCUCCCAGCUGGCUGAGCGGAGAGAGCUGCACCAGGCUGAGAUGGCAGAGCUCUCCAAUCUGACCAAGAAUAUCCCCAUCUUCGUAUGCACGAUGUCCUUCCCAGGCGUUUCAUGCCCUCUACAUGUCUUUGAGCCCCGCUACCGCCUCAUGAUACGACGGUGCCAGGAGACAGGUACGAGGAGGUUUGGCAUGUGCAUCUACGAGAAUGGAAAAAGUUUUGCUGACUAUGGCUGCAUGCUGGAGAUUCAGCAGAUUGAGUUCCUGGCGGAUGGAAGAUCUCUGGUGGACACGAUAGGGAGGCGGCGUUUCCGGGUGCUGAAACGGGGACACAGGGAUGGCUACAACACUGCCGAUAUUGAGUAUCUGGAGGACAAGAAGGUGGCUGGGGAGGAGCUGGAGGAGCUGCAGUGCCUGCAUGAGAGCACCUACCAGUUGGCUCGGAGGUUUUGUGAGCAUGAAGAUGUUGCCUCUAGACACAUUUUGAUGCAGCAUGGACCCCUGCCAGAGAAGGAAGAGGAUAUCCAGGCUUCUGCCGAUGGACCAGCCUGGUGCUGGUGGCUCAUCUCCAUCCUGCCCCUUGACCCGUCCUACCAGCUGAUGCUCUUCUCCACCACAUCUCUGCGAGCCCGCCUGGCCCAGCUGCAGCGCAUCCUCACGGCUCUGCUGCGUGCCCACCCCGGCGGGCUCCUGCAUGGCCCCCGCAGCCAGGUCUGAGGGUCCAGCUGGGUGCCUGGUGCCAUCUGUGCCAGGGAGAGCUCCACCCAGCUGGUUUCCUUAUGUGUCUCUUCAUGACUUUAGCGUGGUUGGAUUCCCCCAAAGCGGUCUGAGCAAUGAGCUGGGCACCUGCCUCCCCUGGAGAAUGGAGGCUGCCAGCAGCGAUACCAUGCCCUCCACUUAAGCCGCUUUGGUGCCCUGGGCAUGCUGUGCUGCCGGGAGGGAGGGCAGCGAGCCCCAUGGUGGGGACCAGGCCAGAAAACUGGGUUGUGUCCUGGGAACCAAAAUUCCUCAGCGAGCUGCUUCAGCACCAAGGAAGCCUCUCUGUAGGGCACAGGAAUGAGCGCCAUGAUGCUCUUGGUUUUGGGUCUUCCUCCUUGAAGAACAACAUAGCCUUUUAGUAAAAGGGCCUGCACUGCACAGCAGGAGAAGGGGAUGUUUAGAGGCUUGGGAGAGGCUGUGCUGGGAUAUGGAGAGCUCCCUGUGACUUUUCCAGACCUCGGGAGCUGAAGGUUCAGCCUCUGUUUGAGUCCGACUUGACUGUCCUUCAAACUAGAAGAAAGGGUAAAUUAAACAAUCUGAAUCUCAUAGUUCAGCUUCUGAUGGUCUCCUUGGCCAUGCAGCGAAGAGACCUGGCUCUCUGAGCAUGCCCCUUCCUCUGGGUCCAUUCAGUUCCCUGGCUGCCUUUGCCAUGCCAGACUUGCAGGGAGCAUCCCUGGUACAGAGCUGUGUGGGGAUGCCAUGGCUGCCUAGCCUGACAGCCGAGGAGACCACUGUCAUGAAAUGUGUGAGAAGGGAGGGGUUUGGUUGAGUUGGGAAAAGCACCAACACAAAGAUGGUGAUUCUGGAUCCUGGUUGGGCUCAGACUGCAGUUUCAGACCUGGUUGCAGGGUGUGGGAAUGAAGGAACCAGCCAUGCAGGAGAAGUAGGCCUGGAAGUGUUUUGGGGAGACUUUCUGCUCCUUCAAUAGCGCAGUUCUCUGUUCAGUGUUUCCUAGGAACUUGCUGCCUCCUCAGGAGGAAGUUGGGAUCCGAGUGGCAGCUGUGCCUGUUCAGGGGCCCCCAAAACAGUUCAGACAGAUAAAAGUCAAGGGAGCCCAAUCUCCGGGGAGGCCCGGGAAGGACAGUACGCAGUGACUGGGGCUGUGAACCCUGCACUGGGGGAAAGUGCUGGCUGCACGUGCCUGGCUGCUGCUUGUCACUGAAUAUGGAGGGAACAGUAAUGCCCACUCAUGCAGGCUGGGGCUUUCCUCCACAGAGGUCUUGAAGGUUUGGGAUUUUUGUCUCCCAACCAUAAUUUCAGUGGAUUUGAGUUGAAAUUUAGGAAUAAUAUCCACUUUGAGUUGUUGGAUUAAAUUUUUUUCCAGAAUCUUAUCCCUGCCUUUCCCAUAUGCUCCACACACCAUCUGGGGGCUCUGUGAGCUGUUAUAUGUGUGUGGGAGAGAAAAUUGGGUUGAGGCUGCAGUGCUCUUUACUGUGUGUGAAUCAUCUCAGCAUCCGUCUGUGCCCUGCGAGCACUAGGUCCUGCUGCUGCCUGGUUUAGCCUGAUCUCUGGGGUAGGGGUCUCUGCUCCCAUGGGGACCUGUCUCCCAAUGGCCACCUUUUCCCUUCUCUCUCUGGGAUCCUCUCCAACAAAGUGCCUCCCUGGAGCGUGGAUUGGACUGGGCUGAGCUGUUGCUCCUGAGGGACUGCAAGGAGAGCAGAAUGGCUGAGGGCAAUGUGAAGCUGGAUUUGCUCCUCUGCCUUUGAGCUGUGUUCUCUCUCACUUUGCCACUGUUUCUCUGGAGGAGCAUGACUCCCCAAAGGGGCUGCAGGCUCCUCGGGAGCCGCUGGGCUGUCUAACUGGAGUGGGCAGGAGAGGCAAUGGCAGGAAUCCCCGUGCCUGUCCAGGGCAGCUAUGUGUGGGUGGCAGAGCACACUGGUUCCUCACCACUGAAUUCUGGAAAGUGCCUUUCUCUUCUGGAGGGUAAGUGUGAGCUCAGCCAACAGCCCCCAGAGCUUCCUGUGUGCCCUCUGAGCUGCCAACUUGCCAUGUGCAGGAGCUUCACCUGGGCUUCAAGGAGGGGAUGGGAUGGGGAUGCAGGGGGAAGUGUGGGGCUGCCCUGUGCUGGGAAAGAGCCAGGGCCCGGAGCUGCUUCUGCCUGGCCUUUUUGUGGAAGAGACUUGUGCAAAUCACUCCAGUUUGCUUGGAGUACCUUUGGAGUUUGUAUUAGCGUCUUCUUCCUGGUCACUGAAAUAAAGGUCUUGAUUUGUU